AGGAAUACGUUGCAAAAUCUUAGACACUCUCUAUAAAUUCAACAGCAGACAUCUCGAGAGUGACGAGCCCUCGUUAAACCUCUGAAAACUCUCUUCACUAAACCCAGGCGAAAAUGAGAUAUUCCCUUUUCCGAUCGGUCAAAACCCUAGCGGCGAGGUCCUCCGCCGCCCGUGGCUUCGCCUCCGAAUCUGUACCGGACCGCAAGGUUGCCGUCCUCGGAGCCGCGGGAGGGAUAGGCCAACCCCUUGCUCUUCUCAUGAAGCUCAACCCUCUUGUCUGCAGGCUCGCUCUCUAUGAUAUAGCUAACACCCCCGGUGUUGCUGCUGAUGUCAGCCACAUCAACACCAGAUCUGAGGUUUCCGGUUAUGUCGGUGAUGAUCAGCUUGGACAAGCUUUGGAGGGAUCAGAUGUUGUCAUCAUUCCUGCUGGUGUUCCCAGGAAGCCCGGCAUGACACGUGAUGAUCUUUUUAACAUUAAUGCUGGAAUAGUCAAGUCCCUGUGCUCUGCAAUUGCCAAGUAUUGUCCUCAUGCAAUCGUUAACAUGAUUAGCAACCCUGUGAACUCAACAGUUCCUAUUGCAGCUGAGGUUUUCAAGAAAGCAGGGACAUAUGAUGAAAAGAAGUUGUUCGGUGUGACAACCCUUGAUGUGGUUAGAGCUAAGACUUUCUAUGCUGGAAAGGCUAAUGUAAACGUUGCAGAGGUUAAUGUCCCAGUUGUUGGUGGCCAUGCUGGCAUCACAAUUCUCCCACUAUUUUCUCAGGCCACACCAAAAGCAAAUUUGCCAGAUGAAGAUAUUAAGGCCCUUACUAAGAGAACACAAGAUGGAGGAACCGAAGUUGUGGAAGCCAAAGCUGGAAAGGGUUCGGCAACAUUGUCAAUGGCUUAUGCAGGAGCCCUCUUUGCUGAUGCUUGCCUGAAAGGACUUAAUGGUGUUCCAGAUGUAGUGGAAUGUUCAUUUGUGCAAUCAACUGUCACUGAGCUCCCAUUCUUUGCUUCUAAGGUGAGGCUUGGCAAGAAUGGUGUCGAAGAAGUUCUGGGAUUGGGUCCCCUCUCCGACUUUGAAAAGGAGGGCUUGGAGAAACUGAAGCCCGAACUCAAAUCAUCUAUUGAGAAGGGAAUAAAGUUUGCCAAUGACAACUGAUCAGUCUUUCCUUCCCAUGUCGAUCAUUACAAAUUUUGCCUUAUUUAUUAGUGUUGUAUUUUUUGCCAAUGGCACCGGCUAUGCUGUUUCAAUUGGAGUAGGCUUUACAUAAACCAGAGAAUUUCAUUAAUAAUGCCCAAUGUCAGAUUACUGAAAAGUGAAUUUUAUGACAACUUAAGUGGGUUGUAUUAUCAUUUAUAAAGUCGCAUAUUUUUUUCA